AUGACUUCUAAAAUUAGUGAUGAAAAUGGGUUGAUUUCUCAAGAUCAAUCUGAAGAUAAUAAGAAGACUAAUGAGCAAAGUUCAACUAUUAUUAAGUGGGAAGCACCAAUAGGGAAUUGGAUAAAAAUAAAUACAAGCUGUGCCUUUUCUGAUGAACAAGGAAUUGCAUCAAUAUGUUUUGCAGUGAGAGAUUCAAAUGCAUGGCUUUUGGAUGGAUGGAAUUGUAGGCUCAACGUUGAGUCACCUUUGCAAGCUGAGAUUAAAGUUAUGGAAUCUGCAAUAAGCUAUGCGAUCGAGAAUGAACUUGAUGAGGUAAUUUUUGAAUCGGAUAAUGAAAUUUUGAUUGAUUCUAUUAUUAAAGAAAAGACCCCACCUGAAUGGGGUUGUGAUACAUUGCUUGAAAAUAUUCAAGCUUUGAGAAAUAAUAUUAGGAAUCAUAAAUUUCUUUGGCUUCCCAAAGAAGCAAAUUUGGUAGCUGAUUGGAUGGCUAAGGUUUCUUUAAAUGAGCCACGUCAUGUGGAUUGGGUCCUCGGUCCUCCCAGUUUUGUGCAAGAUCUUAUUAUGAAGGAUUACUUAGAGAUUGCUCAAAGAUUAAGAAGAUGA